CUGUCCAGGAGGAGCGGCAGCGGGGCAAGGACCGCAACGAGAACGAGGUGGAGUCGACAAGCAGCGCCAACGAGGACAUGCCCGUGGAGAAGAUCUUGGAGGCUGAACUCGCGGUGGAGCCAAAGACAGAGACAUACAUUGAAGCAAACAUGGGCUUGACGCCGAGCUCGCCCAACGACCCAGUGACAAACAUAUGCCAGGCAGCAGACAAACAGCUCUUCACCCUGGUGGAGUGGGCCAAGAGGAUCCCCCACUUCUCAGAGCUGCCCCUGGACGACCAGGUCAUCUUGCUUAGAGCAGGGUGGAACGAGCUCCUAAUCGCCUCCUUCUCCCACCGCUCCAUAGCUGUGAAAGACGGGAUCCUGCUCGCCACCGGGCUGCACGUGCACCGGAACAGCGCGCACAGCGCCGGCGUCGGGGCCAUCUUCGAUAGAGUACUGACAGAACUCGUGUCAAAAAUGCGAGACAUGCAGAUGGACAAGACAGAGCUAGGCUGCCUGCGAGCCAUUGUCCUCUUCAACCCUGACUCAAAAGGUCUCUCCAACCCAGCUGAGGUGGAGGCGUUACGGGAGAAGGUGUACGCAUCGCUGGAGGCUUACUGCAAACACAAGUACCCCGACCAGCCCGGGAGGUUUGCCAAACUCCUGCUGCGUCUCCCGGCCCUCCGAUCCAUCGGCCUCAAAUGCCUGGAGCACCUCUUCUUCUUCAAGCUAAUAGGCGACACGCCGAUCGACACCUUCUUGAUGGAAAUGCUGGAAGCACCUCACCAAAUGACUUAGAGAACUGCUGCCGGGUCAGUCCCUCGCCCGGCUGGGGUCCUGCGGGGCCCCUUCCUCUGCUCCCCUCGCCCAGCCC